CUCUCGUCAUAUCACAAAAUUGCCUCAAAGCCCUUCCUCGGCCAGGGUAAUAGUGAUACAUUUAUGACCUUGCCCGUACCUACUGCAUCAACCUUUCAGUUAUCCCAUUCAAAUGCAUCCAAAACACCACACAAUGCACGCCUCCACGUUUUCAUACAAUAUAAGCAGACCAUAUCCGUUUGUAUGGUUUACUCCAGUCGUUGUGGUGGGGGGGUUGGUGGCAGGAGCCUUGACGGCAUUUCUCAGCGUCGCGACUCAGGGCUACGAAAUGUCUACCGUAUACUCGCCCAACCCCAAUUCAACGAACCCGGAUGGGAAUGUCUUCGCUCGCUGGCCUUCGUUCCUCACGGCAAAUACAAAAACUCUCUGCUCUUCCACCACGAUACCAGUCGGCACCGAUUUCUACACAAACAACACUGCGCUUCAAUACAAACUGUCGAGUAUUUGGCAGGGCGAUAAUGGUAUGAACCCGCAGAGUUUGUUUGGCUCGCUGCCAUAUCACAACAAUCAGCUGGAAAAUUGCUCUGUUGGUGCCAUGACAAUCACCUUUGAGGGACUCGACCGCAGUGCAUUGCAGAUUGCCGAACAACAAUGGGGAGCAGACUUGACAGCGUUGGUCAACUGCGGCGUAGCCACCCCGGACGGUGUGAUGAAUGUGAAUUUAACCACAACAUACAACUUCAACCCAACUGAGAGGUGGUUUGGCGUCAACUCGGCUCGAUUUCCUGGCAGAAACAAAACUACCAAGGCGAGCCUGUGGUGGGGAGAAUCAUUGCUGGCCUGGUAUUCAAUCGCCUUAACCGACGACAUGAACGUCGCAAACGGCAAGUUGGAGCAAGAGCUCAAGCCUGUCUUCAAGGGCUACGCGACUUUUGUUCGCAACGGUACUGGCAAGCCUCUUGGCUCGGAGAUCAAAUCCCUCGAAUUCUUCAACGCAGGCUGCUUCUUUGUCCCGUUUAGCGACAAUGGUAUUGAGUCGCCCGUUUACUUCUGUCACCGCGAGGGGAUGGGCAACUUUGACCUCAUCGACAACCUGGUGCAUGCCGGCGACAGCGAUGCAAACGCGCCACUUCCUGGAAUCUGGAUUUCAGCGGAUAGUUUGUCCAAGGCUUUCUACUUUACGGUUCUGGCGGAUCUUGGCCAAACCACUCCGGGUCCUAACAUCCUUGCGGACCCAGGAUUGCUUGAGUUCUUUUCAAGAAACAUCACCGAUAUCAAAACCAAAUCCAUGGCUUGGGGGGAUAAUCUCGGACUUCGAGACAUCGCCGACCUCGCCACGUCUCCGUUUAAAGAAUCAUCGAACUCAUCGCUUGGCAUCAAUUCGUCUGUUAUUGCAGCCUCAUAUCUUUGCCAAGUGCCGCGGCUCAAGAGCGCUCCCUCGCUAGCUGUAUCAGUCCUGGUUAACAGCUUCGUGUUACUCUCAGCCUUAUGGACAUUCUACAAAUGGUGCACGGAUUCUCUUUUGGCACGCAGGCACCCAGAAUUAGCGAAUUCUUGCGAGGGCUGCUUGGCGAGGCUGUCUGACAAGGCUAGCCAGAGUUAUGAUUCUCUACAAAAGCCAUCUGGGGACGGACAUUCCAGGUCUGUUAGUUAUACGGAUGAGACUUCUGACGAGGCACAUUUUAACUCCCUUCCACGACAUGGUUACCAUGUAGUUCAACAAGUAGACUAGGGUAGAUUUACGGUGUGUGAUAAUUGGCAUGGGAGCAAAUAAUUACUUUCUGGGAUAAAUAACAGCUAUAUGCAAGGUUCCAAAGAAGAAAUAUCUCAACCAAAAUUCUCCAUCACUUUGUGGCAUCAUGAGGCUGGGUGUCCUGACAGGGAAUAUCAACUUGCAAGCAUAUAAAACUUAAUACAAUAGGCCAGUAGCUUAAGCAGAUCGC